CAAGCCAGCCAAUACGCCGACGGCUAAAGUUUGACUAAUCCAGGAAGUUGUCGUGAGGAAAGUUUGAAGCGCUGGGAGCGCCUUCGACUCGUCGGUGUUCCUUCGUGUUACUUGGUGGAGGAAAAGUGGCCAUGGUUUGGGAAGGCAGUGCGGGGCUGUACGUGAGGGCGCUGUGCGCGGCGCUAUACGUGGCUCUGGCAGCGAGUUUCACCCAGCCUCGAGACUCCGAGUUCACUUUCAUUUUACCUGCUGGACGUAUCGAGUGUUUUUAUCAGAAAACCGAGAAGAACGUGAGCAUGGAGGUGGAGUACCAGGUCAUCGCGGGCGCCGGGAUGGACGUGGACUUCACCAUCAGCAGCCCCCAAGGAGUCCUCCUCUACUCGGACUUCCGGAGGUCCGACGGCAUGCACACCAUUGACUCGACAGACGAAGGCGACUAUCAGAUCUGCUUCGACAACACGUUCAGCAAGUUCUCGGAGAAGAUGGUCUUCUUUGAGGUGAUCUUUGACUCUCCGCAGGAAAGUCAGGACGACUGGUCCCAGAUGGUCCCACCUGAGGAGCUGCUGGACUACAAGCUUGAAGACAUUCGGGAGUCCAUAGAGUCGACGUGGAACCGGCUGGAGCGCAGCGUCCAGAUCCAGACAGUACUGCGGGCGUUUGAGGCCCGCGACCGCAACCUCCAGGAGGACAAUCUGUGGCGCGUGACCUUCUGGUCGGCCACCAACAUGCUGGUCUUGGUCAUAGUGGCCCUCGUGCAAGUCUACAUGCUGAGAAGCCUCUUUGAUGACAAGCGGAGAGUUCGCACGUAGCACCACGGGACGAGGACACGGCAGGGGACGGAGGGGGGGUCAAGGACACUCGUCCCGAGAAGGGGCGGGGGGGUGACGUAAGAGGGCAUCCUGGGGAAUGGGAGUAGAGGGCUUAGUGUGGGAAACGGGUGAACGACGACACGAUGAUCUGCUUAAAGGCCGGGAGUGAAGGCACUGCCAUGUGGACUGGCGUAGUCGGCAGGAUCAGGCCAGUGGUGCCUCGGUGGGAUCUUUUCUUCUUUUUUUUUUUUUUGUGAUCAGUCAUCUUUAAUGUUGCUGGACUCGUUUUGUUUUUUUUUUUAUAUUUUAUUUUUAAACAUUUCAGAAGUCUGACCUGCCAAAGAACAAAUGAAAGUGAAAACCUCCAUCUUUAUAUAAAAAAAAAAAGUCGA